GUCCGGAUACACGCCCCGUGGCAGGUGCUGGCCAGAGAGGCAGAGUUCUUGAAGAUCAAAGUCCCCACCAAGAAAAUGUAUGAGAUCAAAUCAGAAGGCAGCAUCACGAAGAAGUUCAACGAGCUUCUGCAGAAGCUGAGCUCGCCCCUGAAACCUAGAGUUCCAGAGCACAGUAACAACAAGAUGAAAAAUCUCUCCUACCCAUUCUCCAGGGAGAAAAUGUAUCUGUACAACAUCCAGGACAAGGACACCUUCUUUGAUAAUGCCACCCGUAGCCGCAUUGUGCACGAGAUCCUGAAGCGCACAGCCUGUUCUCGGGCUAACAACACAAUGGGCAUUAACUCUCUGAUCGCCAACAACAUCUAUGAGGCUGCCUACCCUCUUCAUGAUGGUGAAUAUGACAGCCCAGGGGAUGACACGAAUGACAGAAAGCUGCUGUAUCAAGAAUGGGCACGCUACGGAGUGUUUUAUAAAUUUCAACCUAUUGACCUCAUCAGAAAGUAUUUUGGAGAAAAAAUUGGACUGUAUUUUGCCUGGCUGGGAUUAUAUACAUCAUUCCUCAUCCCAUCUUCUGUAAUCGGGGUGAUCGUGUUUCUUUAUGGAUGUGCAACAAUCGAAGAAGAUAUUCCCAGCAAAGAGAUGUGUGACCAGCAGAAUGCCUUCACCAUGUGUCCCCUGUGUGACAAGUCCUGUGAUUACUGGAACCUCAGCUCAGCCUGUGGUACAGCAAAGGCGAGCCACCUGUUUGACAACCCUGCCACCGUCUUCUUCUCCAUCUUCAUGGCUCUGUGGGCUACCAUGUUUCUUGAAAACUGGAAGAGAUUGCAGAUGCGACUGGGCUACUUCUGGGACCUGACUGGGAUAGAAGAGGAAGAAGAACACUCCCGGCCUGAGUAUGAAACCAAAGUUCGAGAGAAAAUGUUAAAGGCAAGUGGCAAGUCGGUGGUCCAGAAAUUGGGCACCAAUAUGGCUGAGGAUGAAGAUGAGGAUGAUGAAGAUAAGCUGACCUGGAAAGAUCGUUUCCCAGGUUACUUGAUGAACUUCGCCUCCAUCUUGUUCAUGAUUGCCCUGACAUUCUCCAUCGUCUUUGGGGUCAUCGUGUAUCGCAUAACAACUGCAGCAGCCCUGUCUCUCAACAAGGCUACACGCUCCAAUGUCCGGGUGACAGUGACAGCCACAGCAGUCAUCAUCAACCUCGUGGUCAUCCUCAUCCUGGACGAGAUCUAUGGUGCUGUGGCCACAUGGCUCACCAAAAUCGAGGUUCCAAAAACAGAACAGACUUUUGAAGAGCGCCUGAUACUCAAAGCUUUCUUGCUAAAGUUUGUCAAUGCCUACUCGCCUAUCUUCUAUGUGGCCUUUUUCAAGGGGCGGUUCGUGGGCAGACCUGGAAGCUACGUUUAUGUAUUUGAUGGCUACCGCAUGGAAGAGUGUGCUCCGGGAGGCUGCCUUAUGGAGCUCUGCAUUCAGCUCAGCAUCAUCAUGUUGGGGAAGCAGCUGAUCCAGAAUAACAUCUUUGAGAUCGGAGUCCCGAAACUAAAGAAACUAUUUCGGAAGCUGAAAGAUGAGACAGAACCUGGAGAAACUGACUCUGCCCACUCAAAGCAUCCAGAGCAGUGGGACCUAGACUACAGCUUGGAGCCAUACACCGGACUGACUCCAGAGUACAUGGAGAUGAUCAUCCAGUUUGGCUUUGUCACCCUCUUUGUGGCCUCCUUCCCUCUGGCACCUGUGUUUGCCCUCCUCAACAAUGUCAUUGAAGUGCGGCUUGAUGCAAAGAAGUUUGUGACUGAGCUGAGACGGCCUGAUGCCGUGAGAACCAAAGAUAUCGGGAUUUGGUUUGACAUUCUCUCCGGGAUCGGCAAGUUCUCUGUUAUCAGCAACGCUUUUGUCAUUGCCAUCACCUCUGACUUCAUCCCCCGUCUCGUGUACCAGUAUGCCUAUAGUCACAACGGGACCCUGCACGGCUUUGUCAACCACACCCUCUCCUUUUUCAACGUCAGCCAGCUGAAGGAGGGAACGCAACCAGAAAACUCACAAUUUGACCAGGAAGUUCAGUUCUGCAGGUUUAAGGAUUACCGAGAACCGCCGUGGGCCCCGAACCCGUAUGAGUUUUCCAAACAGUACUGGUCCAUUCUGUCUGCCCGUCUGGCUUUUGUCAUAAUCUUCCAGAACCUCGUGAUGUUCCUGAGUGUCCUUGUGGAUUGGAUGAUCCCAGAUAUCCCCACGGACAUCAGUGACCAGAUCAAGAAAGAAAAGGGCCUGUUGGUGGACUUCUUCCUGAAGGAGGAGCACGAGAAACUCAAGCUGAUGGACGAGCCAGCCCCAAGGAGCCUGGGAGGGGGGCGUCGGAGCAGGAGCCGGGCGGCCAGCUCGGCACCCUCGGGCCGAAGCCAGCCAGGCAGCAUCGCGUCUUCUGCCUCACAGCACACCAACGUGUGAGCGAGUCGACCCCACUGCGGGGGCUGCCACAGUGGCAGGGGACCUCACGGAGCAUGCCUGUGCACCUGCAUGGGAGGGCUGGCUGGCGUCUGCCAGGGCCCGGCCGCAGGGGGUCUUUGCAAAGGUGAAUUUGUGCAAAGAGAGAGGGGUUAGAGCGAGCGAGCAAGCACAAGCAGGAAGAGAACUGGAGCUGCUUCUCAGAAACUUCAAGCUUAAGUUCCUUUUAGGUCCUCUUUGUAUCCUUUUGGGGGAUCGGCACCCCAUUUUGAGUCACCCGGUGCAAGAACUGGGUAUCUCUACCCCAGAGCUCCCAGGCGCCAUGCACCUUCCUUGCGUUUCCUCAGGUGCCCCCUCUCACGUGGUCACAGUCUGUGAGAGGAGCAAGCCCCCCUCCUGAGCGAUCCCUCUCCCCUUCCCACCAGCUCCCCAAGCAGACCCCUCUGAGUCGCUUGCAGCUGGGACUGUCACAGCCUCAGUGGGUACAAAUUAAGUCACAGGGCUGAUGGCUGUGGCCACAGGACUUGAUGGUGAGUGGCAGAGGUCCCAACCUGAGCUUGUCUCCAUGUCAUGGGGAUGCUUUGA